AUGUGCGCCGUGUCGCAGCGUAAAGAUUGCCCGGCCCAGCCGCCGCCGUCGCGAGUCUGCACAGUGUGCGUCUGUGUCAAAGUGCAGUGCAUCUCCAAUCUUGAGGUACAUUCCGCCCAACGUGCAUCCGGACGAAAACGACGACGACGACCGGGGUCAGGGCAAAGCGAGACUAAAAUAUCUGAUUUCAAGACGGCUAUCAACAAGCCGCCAACCAUCGUCGAGAUGCCCCAUACCGGCCAGGCGGGCGUUAAUCAGCUCGGUGGAGUGUUCGUCAAUGGUCGGCCGCUGCCGGACAUUGUCCGACGGCGUAUCGUCGAGCUGGCGCUGAUGGGCGUCCGACCGUGCGACAUUUCCCGGCAGCUACUCGUAUCGCAUGGAUGUGUAUCGAAAAUUUUGACCCGCUUCUACGAAACAGGAUCGAUACGGCCCGGUUCGAUCGGUGGCAGCAAGACUAAGCAAGUGGCAACGCCGACCGUGGUGAAGAAAAUACUGCGCUUCAAGCAGGAAAACCCGGGCAUGUUCGCCUGGGAGAUCCGGGACCAGCUGCUUUCCCAGCGGAUAUGCGACCCCAACACGAUACCGUCGGUCAGCUCGGUCAAUCGGAUACUGCGAAACGGCGGCAUGUGGACGGACGAUAUGACUUCGAAUGAACAAAUGCUACGCGAAUCGUCCCACUCGUCCAGCGCCUACAUGCAGUCGAAAGCGAUGUCCUCUCACCCGCUCUACAGUCAAACGCUAGAGCAGCAUCAGGCACUGCUCAACCAGUACCGCUACAGUAUGGCUGCCGUCUCACCCGACCACGCCUCGAAGCAUCCCAACCUCCCGCACCAUCACUCCCCGUACGGAUCUCCCCCGGGAGCGCCCGGUCCGAUGGUUCAACGGACGGCUGCCGUCAACAUCAUCCAGCACGAAAGUCUCCCACCGACCGGAACUACCAAACAGCCACCAGAAAUGCAUCACCAGCAUACAGUAUCUCCUCUGCAAACUCAACCCUUGACAGCAGGACACAACCCUCACCAGCAUCACCAUCACCAUCACCAGCAGCAGCAGCAUGGCAAACCGUCACCUUCUGUGAGCAUGCCAGAUCUAAGCUCUCCGAAAGGCGGUGACUCCAAGAGUGAACCAUCGUCCUCCACUCGGUCCACGCCGACCGGUAGCACACCAGUGUCGUCGGCCCCACCCAACCCAGCCCAGAUGCCGUACCUUCCGAAGCACUGGAUCUGGAACACGAGUCUGUUCUAUGCGGCAAACCGUGGUCAGCAUGCCCCCGGAGCGGAUCCUUCCACAGUUUCUUCGGCAGCGGCGGCAGCAGCGGCCGCAGCAGCAGCAGCCGCAGCAGCAGCAGCCUUCCCUCAUGGGUACUUUACGUACGGCAAUCCUUUCGGUGGUGGUGCGCCAUUCCCAGGGCAAAUCGAGUCCAGUUUGCGCAGUGAUACGACGGCUUCUAAUGCGUCAUCGUCACCGGUACAGAUCACGGACGUGAACAGUGACGACUCUUCGGACAAUCAUGAUGAGCUGAGGACAUCCAUUUCGAAGAAGCGCAAUCCAUACUCGAUCGAGGAGCUGCUCAAGAAGCCCGAAAGCAAGAAACAGAAGAUCGACGAUCGAGUUACCAUCACCUGCAUUUCGGACUCCUCGAGAAAGACUCCGACGGACUCGCCGCUGGACGACAAGUACCACCAUUACCAAUGCUCCCCGUCGGUUUCCCCGUCCAAAUCUUGUCCAUCCCCUACGGGCAUACCCGUCACUGCGGUGCGCUGCAAAUCGUCCUCCGACUACCGGUCAUCCUCAUCGCCCCAGUCGGCUGGAGAGGAUUCGGAAGGGUGCAGCAUCGUUUCGGCGGUCGUUCGCUCCAAGCUGACCGAUACAAAUAGUGAAAAUAGUAUUAACAUAGAAAUUUGUGAUUAAUUUCCUGGAAUGGAACAGUUUCCGUAUGUACAAAGUGGUUUUGUACAGAAAAGAGUGACCCAGUUGUAAAUACAGUCAUAAGCAGUAGCACAAAUAACCAGUGAGCUUUGCAUUAACCAACGGUACGGUAGUGGAUUGUUUGAUUUCUUCAUCAUUAAGUUGUAACUUAUCCAGGGAAAUGAGAAAAAAGGAAGGAUCCGUUGCUUAGCAAAGAUAGAAUGUUUGUAGUGUAAGCUAAUUUAUUAACCAACGACUUAAGUAUUGAUUGUUUUCUAGGCAUUAGUUAUCUGUAAGAUACCAGCAAAAGAACACAAAUGAGCACCUUCACAUCCGCUGAAAACUGUAUCAUGAUUGUACUGUUUAGCAAAGCAAUAAACUGAUUGUGAAAUUAAAUUA